AUGGGGAUUGCUGGACUGCUUCCCCUGCUGAAAGACAUCCAGGUCGAGACGCAUGUGGAACAAUACCGCGGCAAGACGCUCGGAAUCGACGCGUACGUCUGGCUGCACCGCGGCGCGUACGCGUGCGCGUCCGACUUGGCGCUCGGCCGCCCGACGACGCGGUACGUGGCCUAUGCCGCGCACCGUAUCCGCAUGCUGAAGCACUAUGGUGUGCGGCCGUAUGUAGUGUUUGAUGGUGGCCCUCUGCCGUCCAAGGCCGGCACGGAAGCCGAGCGCGCCGCCCGACGCGCCGAGAACCGUGCAAAAGGCCUCGCACUGCACCAGCAGAACAAGGGCACAGCCGCGCGCGAUGCAUUCGUGCGGUGUGUCGACGUGACACCUGCUAUGGCGUACGAACUGAUCAAAGUCCUUCGUGCGGAAGGCAUCGAAUACGUCGUCGCGCCGUACGAGGCGGACGCGCAGCUCGCAUUCCUCGAGCGCGAGGGGAUGAUUGACGGGAUCAUUACCGAGGACUCGGACUUGCUCGUGUUUGGGUGCAAAACCGUGCUCUUUAAGCUGGAUACCUAUGGCAACUGCGUCGAGCUGCAGCAGGCGCGGCUGGCCAACGCAAAGCAGGUGUCUUUCGAGGGAUGGGGGGCCGCCGAGUUCCGGCAGAUGGCGAUCCUCUCGGGGUGCGACUACCUCCCGUCGAUCAUGGGGAUGGGCCUCAAGAAUGCACACAAACUCCUCCGCCGCUACGAGUCGGCGGAAAAGGUCGUGCAGGCGCUGCGCCUCGAGGGCAAGAUGAGCGUCCCGCUGGGGUACGAAGACGCCUUCCGCCGCGCCGAGUUCACCUUUAUGCACCAGCGCGUGUGGGACCCCCGAGGAAACGGAUGCCUGGCGACGCUCACGCCGCUGCCGCAGGACGUACACGAGCACCUGCUGGCGUUUAUCGGCGCCCCGAUGGCAUGGGAAGAGGCGCACGCGAUCGCCAAGGGCGAGCUAUGCCCGAUCGCCAAGACGCCGCUGGGCGGCGCGCCGCUCGCCGCCCCGCCGCUCAAGUCGGCCCAGCCGUCGCUGCGCUCCUUCUUUGGGCAGGAGAAGCGCGCGACGCCGCGCAAGGUCCUGGGCGAGCUGGAUACGAAUGUAGUGGGCGGCGCCCCGGCGCAUGGAACGCCGGUACGCGCGACGACGCCUGCACGGACGCCUGUGGCCUCGGCGCCUGCCCGCACUCCCAUGGCGUCCGCGCCCACCCAUCCUGCCCCAGUACCCUGUGCGACGCCUGCACCGCUUGCAUGCGCCGCGAGCAAGUUCUUCACGCCCAAAGCCGACGUGUCGACCGACGCCUCGUCGCUCUUUGACCGCAGCGCAAGCAGCGACGGCGUCCACACGCCCCAGACGUCCUCGCAAGGCAGCCCGUGCUCCUCGCCUCCGCCGUCGCCCAAGAAUACCUGGAAGGACGGCGUGUCGAGCCCGGUGUCGUCGCCGACGCACUCGCCAGUGGCUCCCCCGACGCACCUGCCCAACACGCCUGCGCUGCGGCCCCCGCCGAAGCGCCCAGCAACCUCGCCCGGCCUUGCGCUCCAGAUGGAGGACGACGGGGCGGACGAGAACGACGCGGCGCGCCGCUCGGCGUGGUUCAAGCGCUUCAGCUUUUCGGGCCCACGCGCACGCGCCGGCCCGCCGACCGACCCUGGCCUGCGGACGGCCGCCGCGCCGCGCCGCGCCGUGAGCGACGCGACGCCGACGCGAAUGCAGGCGCAGGCGCCGACGACGCCGCGCCUGCCGCUCGCGAGCAAGCGUGCUGCGACGCCGGCCGACUCGGUGCAUGUCAAGCGCGUGCACGUCGAUCUCCACGAUACCCCUGCGCCGGCGUCUGGGAGCGCCAAGCUCCUCCAGUUCCGGUACAAGGAAAAAUAG